UUUUAGAGUAUUAAAAAUAUAUUUUACUGUGAAUUUUUGAAUGAUUUUUUUAAAAAGAUUUUGAAGGGAUUUUUUUAAAUAUAUAAGAUGUUGAUUGGAGAAAGUAUCUAGUGGGUGGGAUUGGAUUGUGGGGUUGUGAUUUGGGGGCUGGGGGAGUAUAUUGUGAUUUGGGAGUAAAAUAUUUGUAUUUAACUGAAUAUGAAAUUAGUUUUCUUUGGGGGUUCUUGGGGGUUUUUCUUUCUUUUUAAUAGUUAAUUUUUCGAAUUUUCUUAAUGUUUGUCCCCCCAUCCCCUCUCCCUCUAAACAAAUUUUCGGCGAGGAUUUUAUCAAAAGUUAUUGAAAUUCCUCAUAUAUUUACUAGUUUUUUUGCCAUAUGAUGAAAUCCUCCAAAUUCUAUUUUUGUUUAUUAUGAAAUUCUAAAAAAAGGAAGAAUCAUAUGACUAUCAUUUUUAUUUAUGUUUUUCAUUUUUUAUAUUUUUGUCAACAACAACAAUUUUUUUAGAAAUAUAUUUCAAAAUUUUCUUUUCAUCCCUCCAUACACUCACCCCACUAUUCUUUGCUUUGCUUGCUUUACUGGCUAUACAACAACGGCUGUCAAUAACGCCCGCUUAUUUCCUCAUAUACACAACUCACCCCACCGUUCUUUGCUUGCUGCACGGCUGUCAGUUAGACGCUAUCGCCUGCUUUUCUUUAAUGGCUGCUGUUGUUGUAUACACACAUGAAGGCUGUCAAUAACGACCGACUGCUUCAUUUAUUCUCCUUAAAAUAUAUACUAUUUUUCUUUUAUUUCUCUAAAAAUAUUUUUCUAGAAAUUUCUCUCUCAAUUUUUCUGCGUCGUGUGAGCUGCGCGUCGCUUCUUUCCUCAUACAGCCAGCCAGCCCACACUAACUCCGCCCAUAAAAAUUGU